AUGGCCUCUCAUUCUACACAAGAAAUGGAAAAAGAAUAUUCUUUGGCAAAGAGAACAAAGAUGAGCAAUGAGAAAGAAUUUCCUCUAAGUAAACUUUUAGGUACUAAAGAUUUUCAAUAUUCAAUAUUACAUUAUCACAAUAAAAUUCUUUCUAACCACCAUGCUCAUCCAAAUUUGCAGUCGGAAAUCGCCUCAAACAUUCCUCGACCAACAAUUCAAUCUGUAACGAAUAUUUUGACGAGUAUGGAAAAGAAAUAUCUGGAAAGUUUUCCUUAUACAAAAUGGGGACAAUCAAAAGAUGAUUAUAGUUUCAACCGUGUCAAACCUGCCCUUAUAGAGCUAAAGGGUGCCAUUUUAGAUUACGCUGCCCAUUUCACAUCACCUGACGAAUUUCCAAUCACUACAUUCUCCUUUCUUCAUCUGGCUACUAAUUAUGCUCAUAGAUUACCGGAAUGGGAUAACAGUUCACACAACGAACUUAAACAUGACUUAGAUGUCAAAUUGGCUAAUUUUUGGAAAAAAGCUAUCAUUAAUGCCGCGAGCAAACUAAGGGAAGGAAAAAUAUACGGCCAAACGGUUCAAGAACUAGUAGAUGAGUUAUCAUAUGAUGAAACUCAAGAGCCGGCCUGCUCAGAUGAAUUUGAUAAUGGUGAAUCAUCGUCUAUAGAAGAUAAAUGCACAAG